UUUGCAGGGACAAUGUCUUCCAGUAGUCAAGGAGAGUCAGGGGAUGAUUGGAAUGAUUGGGAGGAAGAAGAGAAUGAUGUGGCACCAUCUACAGGAGUAUUGAAUUGUGAUUGUCUCUUUUGUCCUGAAAAAUUAAUCUCUGCAGAAGCAGUUCUCCAGCACUGCAAGGAAGCUCAUGAGUUUGAUAUUCAUGAAAUGAAACGGAAAUACUUCCUUGAUCAAUUUGGGUGUGUAUGCCUUGUGAAUUACAUUCGUCUAAAGAAUCCAUCCUCAACUGAACUGCUAUCCCUUGACCAUGCAAAUCUCCCAUGGAUGCAAGAAGAUUUCAUGAGACCAGUUCAGAAAGAUGAUCAGAUGCUUACAUAUGACUAUGAGGAUGAUGGGGAGGCAACAUCUGACAACACAGGUGUUGGUAAUGCCAGGCAUGGAGCAUCAAAAACAAAUCCUGAAGACCUGCAAGCCAUCAUUAGGGAGAAGGACAUAUGCAUUGCUACUCUACAGAAUCAAAUACAACAAAUGAAGGAAACUAUGGCCUGCCUCAUCAGUGAUCAAGGAGGGAGUGAAGGGCAUGCUUUCAAACAAGAAGAUGAAGGCUACUUUGAUUCCUAUGCACAUUACUCCAUUCAUAUGGAAAUGAUUCAGGACAAAGUGAGGACAGGAAGUUAUCGUGAUGCCAUCUUGAAGAAUGCAUCUGCUUUCAAGGAGAAAGUAGUUCUUGAUGUGGGCUGUGGAACUGGAAUUUUGUCACUAUUUUCCACUGAAGCAGGAGCCAGGCAUGUGUAUGCCGUCGAUCAUUCUGACAUCUUCUAUAAGGCCAUGGAGAUCAUUAGGGAGAAUGCACGUGAGAAGCAGAUAACUUGCAUGAAAGAUCGGGUAGAAGAAAUUCACCUUGAAGAGAAAGUAGACAUCAUUGUUUCAGAGUGGAUGGGCUAUUUCCUACUCUUUGAGGGCAUGCUUGAGAGUGUCUUGAUAGCCCGUGAUAAAUGGCUACAACCAUCUGGUCUCAUCCUACCUGACCGUUGUACUCUUUACAUGGUUGCAGUUUCUGAUGAAGACAGGUACAGCAAGUAUGUAGAAUCCUGGGACAAUGUCCAUGGUUUCAAGAUGUCAUGCUUAAGAGGAGAAGUUCUCAAGGAAGCAGCUGUGGAACUCGUGCAGUCUGACACUGUUGUGAGUGAACCUGUUCUUCUGAAGGACUUUGAUCUCAACACCUGCAAGGCAGAAGAUGUGGCAUUCACUGCACACUUGAAGUUCAUUCCAAAGAGGACUUGUCAAUUGACAUCUUUAGCUGGCUACUUUGAUGCUAACUUUUCGUUGGACAAUCAUGUCCAUUUCUCAACAAGUCCCUCAGCUGAGCCUACCCAUUGGAAGCAAGUCUCCUUUUAUCUCCCACAUCGAGUUCCUGUUAAUCUUGGUGAGUCAGUUGUGUCCUUAACAAGUGAAGUCCUGGAAGUAAAUGUCACAUGUUCCCCAAUGCCUCGAGAUCGUCGCUCUUAUCAAGUUCGAAUCAAUAUUCAUGGGGAAAGUCAUUCUUAUAUCCUCCAGUGACUGCCAUUACUUGAUUGUUUUGAAUCUGGAGAUGAAUUUCUGGUUUCCC